UAAAAGGUGAAAAAAUAUUUCUUGAGGCGGUACGAAGUUUGAAGAAAUAAGUUCCCGGUCACGUUAACGAUGCGUUCCGUCAGUGUCGUGUUGAUUCUCGUGGUGGUCGCAAUGGCGAGCUCGGCGCCUACUGACAGUCCUCCCCAAAAGCAUUACGACGUAGAAAAGGCUGAUGAAAUCUUCGAACAAUACAUAAAGGACUACCGAAAGGAGUACAAGGACGAAAACGACAAACAAGUGCAUUUUAAAGCGUUUGUCGAGACCUUGAAGGAGAUCAAUAAGUUGAACGAGGAGAGCAAAACCGCCAUUUCCGGUAUUAACCAAUUCGCCGACUAUACCGAGAAAGAAUGGAAAGCAAUGUUUGAUUCCACAUUGAUAAAGCCGUAAACGAAGUAGGUACAUGAAGAAAAAAAAAUCUUUCAAGAAAACUUUUACUUUUUAAUUAUAUUUUUAAAAUAAAUGUAGUUUCUGUCUAUAACACAUUUUCAUUA